AUGGGUAAUUUUAAGAGUAAGAAUUCUCAUCAGAGAGGAGGAUCGUAUGGAGGUGACCAUGUUCUUCAACAAAACAACAACAACAACAAUGGUGUUAUGAAUGGUGGAAGUGGUCAUCUCCUACAACUCAAUGAUAUGAUGAUGUUGGAGAAUCAGUUAACGUCACACGUCGGUGUAGUCGAUUCGUCCGAUGUUGCAAACGAACUAGCCGACUUGAGCAAUUCGCAUGGCUCCACCACCAACACCACUCACAAUAACGCUCAACAGUUGUCUGGAUCGUACGGUAAACUCUACCAACAACAUAUCGUACAUCCAGGCAUCACACCGGGAACAGCAAGUAAUGGUAAUGGUAACGGAAACGGAAAUACAUCUGGUAGUAGUAAUGGAGGUGGAAGUAACAAUGGUUCAAAGAUAUUUGGUAAUCAACAACAACAACAACAAACUACGCAACAACAACAAAUACCCUCACUUCAUACAUUCAAUUAUACAUAUAAUCCCGAUGACAAGAGUGGAGUCAAUUCACAAUUACUUAAACUAAUGAUGAAAAAGACUGGUGCCGAGUUGGUCUACCAUCUACUCGAUGGCGGACCAUUACUAUUGAUUGACUUUUUACAAUAUCUUCGUGAUCAGUUGGGUCACAAUUCGAUCGAUAUUCACACCUUUAUCGACAAGAUCAAUCAUGUCUUUUAUCUGUCUGACAACUUUGCCAUCACCAAACUCUAUCUUGCAUCCAUCUCUAAACGACGUGCAUGUCAAUGUGUUUGGGGUCCAAACUCUAUGUUUUAUAGAUGUAAAACAUGUGCACUAUCUCCAAAUAGUUCAAUUUGUUAUGAAUGUUUUAGAAAUGGUCCACAUGAAAAGGAGAAGCAUGAUUUCUCGACGAGUUUUGCAAGUUAUGGAGGUUCUUGUGAUUGUGGAUCGGGUGAUAGUUGGAAAGAAGAGGGUUUUUGUUCAAAUCAUUCACAUACUGGGCCUGACGAGGACCCAACGAAAAAUAUGAAGCCAGAGUUGUUGUUAUCUACUCAUCUGGUCAUUCGAAGCGUACUAUUGUUAUUGUUGGAAAUGAAUCAAUUACAUCUCCCCAAAAUACCAUCCCUCACCAUUAAAGAAAUAUUAAAUAUCAAAGAUCAAACAUCUUUUGAUAACCUUGAAACUACUUCAACAACUUCAACUACUUCAACUACAUCAACGACAAAUAAUAGUAGUAAAUCAUCAUCAUCAUCAUCAUCAUCAACAUCACCAACUUCACAACAUGCGACAAGCAGUUGGGCAUUAUUUAACGAUACGAUUACAGAAUCAUAUUCAUUGGAUUUAUUGGAUUGGUUGGAUCAAAUCUCAAAGAUUGGUCGAUCCAUUUCACAUGUUUUGGCAGAAGAGUUGUGUUAUCAGACGUUGAACCCUGCAAACUUGUCACUGGAUAAUAUCCGACCACUCAAGUUUACCACCAACAAGGAUAUAACAAAAUGGCCGUUGCCAGCAGCUUUUAUGCCACCUCUUCCACACUUGGUGUUGAUCGACAGGGCAGAGAUUAGAACUAAACUAGUGUUCCUCCUCUUGUACAUUCUCUGCGAACAUUCAUUUAAAUUUGGCUUUUUCCAAAGCUAUAUUCGUAUCUAUCCACGUUUGGUAAAGAUGACGUCGAUUGAAACAUUGUACAGAUUUUCACCACAGGUGUUUUCAGCAUCACCCAUUGUCAACCUCUUUACACGAAACUAUAGUCCAAGUCUUUUGGACAUGCUCUUUGACACAACUAUUGCCACAUUGGGUGAAGCAUCACUCAACAAGCACCAGAUUGCUGUCAUCUCCGAUAUCAAAACAAUCGUUCAACACCCCAACGUUGCACAUGUCAUCCUUUUUGAACGUCGUGCACAACUUUUGGCAAAAUGGUGUCAUAUACUUCGUAUCAUCCAAGGAAUGGAUUCCAUGAAACGUAUCAAAACUCAACAUUUAGAAUAUGAUCAAGAUGAUUGGUUAUAUGCUUUUCAACUUGACUCUGAAAUUCGUGAUAUUUCAAAAGAUAUGAUUUCAACAAUUACAGAUAAAGUUUCAUUGGAAGAAGUAAAAAGUUUAAUUUUAUUUAUUUCAAGACAAUUGGUUGGAGUUGAAGGACCCUAUACAUCUGAAUAUUUUGGUGUUAGUGUAUCAGAAUCCAACUUGUUUGAUGGUAGCAAACCAGUUAGUUUAAUAUUACCAUUGAAUAGGUUCUAUGGAUUAUUGUUACAGAAAGCAAUGUCACUCUAUCCAAACGAAACAACUCUCAAACAAUUAGUACCCGAUUCUAUUAAUCCCUUCAAAAUCAUAAUGCCAUUCCUCUUGGUUCAAUGUUUUAUUCAUCAAGUAAAUAAUUCCUAUUGGGUUAGAAAUUCUGAUGCAACAGUCAGAAGAAAAUCUUAUCUUUAUUUAUUAUUCUUUUUAGAAAUUGAUUUAUCAAUUAUUCAAUUAUUAUUAUCAUUGGUAAAUGUAAAUGAAUUUUUAAUAUUUUGUUCAAAAGAAUUUGGAGCCUAUUUACCAGUUGUAUUAAGAAAUAAUAGUGAUGAAAACAAUCAUAGAUUCCAUCAUUAUUUGAAAUUUGCAAUUCAAUUAUAUCAAGAACGUUAUGCAAUCAAUGACAAUGCAGAAUAUGUAAAGAAUUCUCUCAUUCAUUUACUUUGUACAAAUUCAAAAACUCAUAGCAAAAUUGAAUCAGUAAGGACACAUUUAGAUAAAACAUCAUUAUAUGAAACAAUGCUAACAGAGAUUGCAGAUGAACAACCAGCAUCUGGUGAACAUCCAGCAACCUACAAGAUGAAGGCAAAGUUUUGGAAACUUUUCAAUCCAUACUAUCCAUUGUUUACACCAUUGGUCGCUGAAGAUUCGAUAACCAGUUAUUUAGAGUAUAAAAAGAGCAACAAGAUGACCAACGUGGAAUCACUUCCUCCUCCACCACCUCUUAUCAAAUUGGAAAAGCAAUACUCGGCAGUACACGAAAUCAUCCACUCCGAUUAUCUAUUCUACACCAUCCUAUCACUCUUGUCUCAGUUUGUAGAGUCUCCUGACCCCGAUGUCACCGAAGUCAUGUACUCUGUCAAUGAAUGUUUAUAUUUAAUCGAUCUAUCAAUUCAACAUUGUAAACCUUUACCCAUAGCAAAUCAACAAGAAGAACAAGUAAAUCUGGAUGUAGAUAAUAAUAAUAAUAAUCUUGUUGUUGGAAAAUUAGAUUGGGAUUUAUUAAUGAAACCAAGACAAACAGUUGGAAGUUAUAAUCACUCUAUAUUAUGUAUACUUCAAAAAUAUACAUUAUUUAGAGGUAAACAACCAUCAACUACAUCGAUAUUACAAAUAUUGAUAGAUUUGUUGACAAAGUCACACACCAACAAUAUCUAUUUGGACAAGAGAGAAUUGUUGGAAAAGGCAGUUGACGGACUCUGUUUGUAUAGUCCAGAUAUUGAAAAGGAGGUUCUCUUCCUCUACCCAACCUACAAAAAGUCGAUCAAUGACGACGAGGCCGAUCAAAAGUCCAAGGACAAGUUAAAGAGUGCCAAACAACGUCAGGCAGAGAUUAUGGCCAAGUUUAUGCAACAGCAAAACAAGUUCCUUCAACAAACCACCGAGGAUACCACCGACGACCAAGAUGAAUACAUGCAGACUGACAAGGACGGAUCGACCAUUGGUGUAAAAUGUGAAAGCGAGGCAUCUUGUGUCUUGUGUCUCAAAGGUCACUAUUCGAGAAGAGAUCCUCUCUCGAUGAUUGCUUUGUACCAAUGUUCUACACUCAUUUCGUUUAGCAAGAUACCCGUCUUGGCCAACCUCAACCCCAAUCUCAAGAAACAUCUCAAGACCUAUCUCAAAUACAUAUCGUUCCCACCACAAAAAGCUACUAUCGAUUCUCUAAACUACACAUCAUCCUUUCACUUUAGAGUAUGUGGUCAUUACAUACACAGUGAAUGUUUCCAUCAAUAUUCAAAUGCACUGCUUCAAAAAGCUGCACAAAAUGAUAAUUUUGAAGGUGACCAUAUCAUUCGUCCACUCAAUGGAGAAUUUCUAUGUCCAAUGUGUAGAAGAAUUUCAAAUAUUGUUAUUCCAGUCGAUCACAACUCAUUGAUGACUAAUAGUACUGGUGUCAAUAGUAGUAUUGGAAGUGGAUCAGAAACUCCAAAUAAUAUUGAUCAUUUGACACCAUCUACGAAUCAUGAAACCAACAACAAUAGUAUUAAUAGUAGUCCAUUAACUUUACAAUCAUCAAAUGUUUCAUCUUCAUUGGCAAUCAAUUCUUUAUCUACCUCUACGACGACGAAUAAUAAUAAUAAUAAUGUUAAUUAUAGUUCAACACCUACAACUGCAUCACCAAUGAUUUCAGAUGAUGCAAAGAAUCAAUUAAAAUCAUGGUUCCACUUUAUAUCACAGAAAUCAAAAUCAUCUACCAACAACACAUCAACAUCAUCAUCAAAACGUAGAGAUAAUUUAGAAUUUUUCAACUCUCUCAACAAGAUUGCAUUCAAGGGAGGUAAUGUAGAUAGUAUUUCACCCUACUUUUUGUGUCAAUUGGUUGCAAGAAACAUAGAGUUUUUAGAGAUUGCCACAAGAGAAAUUCAACAACCUCACCAGCCACCAGCAAACAAUGCCCCCAUGUUUUGCAUUGGUAAUGAUAUCUUUCAGAGAGAUAUCUUGACCAUCAAGCUAUUGUACAAAAACAUCAAAGACUAUAUCCAACACCACAAUGAAUCCAAGCAUAGAGAUAUGGUGAUUGACCUCUUUAAGGGUAAAUCAGAACCAAUUCUAUCAAUCGAUCCAUUCUGUGCAUUCAUUUUAUUUAUCCUCAUUCUAGAUGAUCCAAAUUCAAUCGAUAUCGAAUUUGUCACCAAAAUUUCAAUUGAUCUAUUUAUUACUCAAUUUAUUAUUACUAAAAUUUAUUCAAUUGAAAAAGAAAAAAAGAAAAAAAUAUCAUUAGUUCAAAUGGUAAUUGAAUUCUUGACAAAAGGUAUUGAUGAACAAAUAUUAGAGGAAUUGGAAAAAGAUAUUGCACCAUUUUUAAGAAGUAUAUGUUUGGCGUAUCACUGUUUCUUUGGAGCAUCAUCAGGAUUGACCAAUAUGCAACAAGAUGUAACACGUGAAGACUUGUUGAUAAAGUUAAAGUUAUUCAAGUGGUUGGACAUUGAGUCUAUCGAGAGUCUUGUAUCUCGUCAGGCUAGAACCAAUUAUCUCAACGUGCCAUGCUCCACGUGCAAAUCAGUACCAAGCAAGAGUGCCAUUUGUCUGCUCUGCGGUCACUUGAUCUGUGUCGACGGCAACUGCUGCGUGGUCAAUGGUAUGCGUGAGAGUGCCAAGCAUACACGUGUCUGUGGCAUCUAUCGUAUUGGCGUGUUCCUCGGCACUAAAAACCCAUCGGUUGUUCUCAUCCGUGACCAUCGUAUGAGUGUCAUGUCCAACGCCUACUUAGAUCAAUAUGGCGAACCAGACUCGACCCUUGAUCGUGGUAAACCUCUUCUUCGAAGUGACCACAAUCUCCAAGACCUUUGGUCAUCUUGGAUCUCUCAUUCUAUCGAUGAAAAAUAUAACUCAAAUUGUGAUCUUAGAGGAAGAGAAUAUUAA